CCCGCUAGUAAUGCAGAUCAAAUUGGGUCUGAUCGCUGAGAGCUCGCAAGGCCAGAGCAGAGGUAGGAGUUCAGCACGCACGGACACUGAAACUGCAACCCCUAGGCCAGUCAUAGAUCUUGUUCUUAAUCGAGGUCACCUGAUCUCGCGCAAGGCAAGACGCGAAUCUUGACGCGUCUAUCCCAACGACUAGUUUUGCUUUUCUUUGUCCCUUGCUCUCGUUGCCCAUGUCGCACGUCAAUUCACACUUUCUUGCAGGCUUGCGAUAUUGAGACGCAUUCUUUUCCUGCAAUCUGUCCGGCCUGCGACGAUUCAAAAAUGCCUCCCCGCACCUCUGCCCGCAGAAAGGCACAAGCUGUAGCCGAGACCAAGGUCGAAGAGACGGCGACGAUAACCACCAAGACGAACGGGACCAAGGGCAUGACCGUGGCGACAACAAAAUCCCAGACCUCGGCAUCCAAUAAACCUGCCCCGAAGCGUAAGGCGGCGUCAAACGACGAGCACGAGAGCUGCGGGAGCUGCGCCGAGAAGGAAGAAGAAGAAGAGAAACCCGUCAAAAAGCGGAAGACUGCGCCCAAGGGCAAGGCGAAGAAGGAGGACGAUAUGCCGGUGGCGGACCGGACGGCGGUGUCUUCGCUCAAGAAGGCGAUGUACAUUGGUGCGCAUGUGAGCGGUGCUGGCGGUGUACAAAACUCUAUCCAGAAUGCCCUUAACAUCGGCGCCAACGCCUUUGCCCUGUUUUUGAAGUCACAGCGGAAGUGGGUGAGCCCUCCGUUGGCAGCGGAUGCGAAGGAGCAGUUCGUCUCCCUGGCAAAGGACAAUGGCUACGACGCCGCCGCCCACAUCCUCCCCCACGGCUCAUAUCUCGUCAACCUCGCGCAGGCGGACGCCGACAAAGCGAAGCAGGCGUACACGAGUUUCAUUGAUGACCUCAAGCGGUGUGAGCAGCUGGGCAUUAAGCUGUACAACUUCCACCCUGGUAACACGGGAGGCGCGUCGCGCGAGGAGGCGUGCGGGCGCAUUGCGGCGCAGCUGAAUAACGCACACAAGGCCACCAAGAAGGUCAUUACAGUGCUGGAGAACAUGGCGGGCGCGGGUAAUGUCAUUGGCACAAAGUUUGAGGACCUGAAGCAGAUUAUCGACAAGGUCGAGGACAAGGAACGGGUUGGUGUGUGCAUCGACACCUGCCACGCCUUUGCGGCGGGUUACGACCUGAGGACGCCGGAGAAGUUCCACGAGACGAUGAAGGAGUUCGAUGAGGUCGUCGGCAACAAGUAUCUCAUGGCAUUCCAUCUCAACGACAGCAAGGCCCCCUUUGCAUCCCACCGCGACCUGCACGCCAAUAUCGGCACAGGUUUCCUCGGCCUGCGCGCCUUCCACACGCUCGUCAACCACGAGCCCUUCCAGAACCUUCCUAUGGUCCUCGAGACGCCCAUCGACCGCAAGGACGCCAACGGCAAGACGGUCGAGGACAAGAAGGUGUGGGCGGACGAAAUCAAACUGCUGGAGCGGCUGAUCGGCAUGGAUGCCGAAGGCAAAGAGUUCAGGGACCUCGAGGAGAAGCUGCGAGGCAAGGGCGACGGCGAGAGAAGCAAGAUUCAGGACCAGGUCGACCGCAAGGCGGAGAAGGAUGCGAAGAAGGGAGCCAAGGGGGCAAAGAAGGGGACGGCGGGGAAGGGGAAGAAGAAGGUCGAGACUGAUGAUGAGAGUGAGUGAAGUUGUGCAUGAUGGGGUGUAAUUGCUUGUAAACUUGUAUUGUAUAGGUCCGGGUGACGCGUGUAUAUGUACACAGAGUGCUCACGGCAGAGGAUCGGGAACACAAUCCAGUCUUCACGGGCAGUCUAAUGACUGACGAGACACACCAAGCUGGUUUUCGAUAUUUGAGGAUAU